AUGAUGGCUGCCGCUGCUCCCGAAUCCGCCGACGUGACUGGCGCACGUAAACUGCCCACAGCCGAGGAGUUGUCGGAAGCGCUCAAAGUUGAUGUGUACGAUCGCGAAGGCAAGACAAAGACGUUGGGCGAACUGGUCAAAGGCCAGAGGACUGUAUUGGUGUUCACUCGGCAUUUCUGGUGUUUGAACUGCCAAGCGUACGUCCGCUGUAUUAGCGAGUCUAUACCGCCCUCGAACCUCCCUUCCAAUACUCAGAUUCUCAUCAUAGGAUGCGGCUCCUAUCAGCCCAUCGACACCUAUGCUGCCAACACUUCGUCCAAAUAUCCCAUCUACACUGACCCAAGUCUUCGGCUGCACAAGCUCUUCCAGUUCAAGUCCAAUCUAGCUGAGGGCAAAGCCGGUGAUGAACAGCGAGAUUACAUGCGCAACGCGGGUAGCACCAUGUCUAGGAUCUUCGGCGGCAUCAAGGGUGCGUUGGGAAACCUGCAGCAUGUGAACUCUGUGGGGCCAAAGGCACUGAAUGGUGGGGAGGUGAUUCUAUCGGCCGAUGGUGAAUGCGAGUACAUGUACCGCAUGCAGAAUACGGUUGAUCACACCAACAUCUCAGAGCUUGCGAAGCUGGUUGGAGCUGAGUUUACCCCAGUGAGCGGCGACGAGGGCAAAGAGCAGACUGGCAAUGGCCCAGCGUCAUAG